CGUUUGAUUAAUAUCAAAACCAAAGAACUAUACGUAUUUUGAGAUGAAAGAAGGCAAUAUUUUGGUACAGAUAGCUGUUUGUUGUGUGAUUUUGAGUUUGAAGUGUUUGACAGCACAAGGCCAGUGUUCUGGUCUAUUGGAUCUCAAUGCUUACUCAAGUACUGAACACUUCAUACAAAGCCCAGGAUACCCAUCAGACUAUCCAAAGAGUUCCUACUGUAGAUGGAGAUUAACAGCACCAAUGGACUACCAUGUACAACUGACAUUUCUUGAAUUUAAUACUCAUUCAGGUCUUCAUUUUGGAGCUUGCUAUUUCUUCAUCAGUGAUAUCCUGGAGGUGUAUGACUCAUCAUAUGAAUCCAGCAGCAAGCGAAUUGGAAGAUACUGUGGUUCUGAUUUGCCAGCAACUGUCGGAUCGUCUUCUAGAUACCUGUAUAUCAGGUUCAGAACUUAUCAUACAAGUUCUGUGGUAUCAAACUAUAGAUUUAAAAUGAAAUAUAAAGCAGUGAAAGCUCCAAGUCAAGAUGAUUCCACGUGUUCUCCAUUUUUUCUAUCUUCAAUCAACUCCAAUAUCAAAGCGUCAUCAUCUCUCUACACUUCAAAAUACAUUGAAAGUCCUUUGUAUCCCAACAAAUACCCAAGCAAGAUCAAGUGUGUUUGGUAUAUAACAGCAUCAACAAGUGCAAACAAAAUUCAGCUGACUUUAUCAGAAGUGAAGAUAUACAGUGACAUACCCUAUUAUUGCAGCUCAGCCGGUUCAGACGAUGUUCUUACCCUACGGGAUGGUAAAACUACCAAUAGCAGUAUGCUGAAAACAAUUUGUGGUCCACAAUCUUCACCACAAACAAUAACAUCAUCAGGACGAUCCAUGACAAUUAUAUUCACUAGCAAUCAGAAAAACUACAAAAAUGGAUCUACAACACGAUUCAAGUUGCAGUAUCGGGAAAUAGAUCCUGAAGCAGGGGGAUCUCUAUGCUCAUCUUCAAACUCAAAUUAUACUAACAACAACAUCAGGCUAGAGUCAUCCCCUUAUACCAAAUACAUCAAGAGUCCUUGGUAUCCCUACAACUAUCCAAGGAACAUACAAUGUACCUGGUACAUCACUGCAUCUUCAAGCUCCAAGAGAAUUGUGUUGAUUUUAUCCGAUGUCAAGAUAUAUAAUGAGGUGAAGUAUUUCUAUUCAUGCCAUUUCUACUCUGACAAAGUGGAUAUGCUGACAAUAACUGAUGGAUCAAGUACUAAAAGUCAGAAUCUGAAAUCGGUUUGUAGUAGUGUUUCAUCUUCAACAGUUCGCUCUACUGGAAAAUACAUGACAAUAAAGUUCAAGACUAAUUCUGAUGACUACUUUGUAACCAAUAAUGCAGGAUUCAAGUUAAAGUACUAUGAGACUGAGAUAAAGCACUAUGAGCCUAAACCUGAGUCGGCUUCAAAUGUUGGUAUGAUCGUUGGCAUAGUGUUUGGUGUGAUUUUUGGUCUUGGUCUUCUAUUAGUUUGCUGUGUUUGGGUGCGUAAACGACAAAGUAAUGCAGGCAAUGUACAGAGAGUUCCUGCAGCUGCAACAACACAUUUGACAACUAUGACAGCAAGUCAUGCACCAAUCGCUCCUGGUGCACCACAGUACCCUAUGCAGACACAAGGUGGACCUCCUGCACAGGGUAGCUUUGUUGUACCUGCUGGAAGCUAUCCACCUCCAGGCCAAUCAAGCUACCCAUCUGAUAAAGGUAGCUACCCACCACCUCACGGCACCUUCGCACUACCAGGUCACAGUCACCCAUUACCAAUUCAAGGUACAUACUCCCCACCUGGAGGCUACUCACCUUACCCUCAAGUGAGCUAUAUUCCACCAGUUAAUGGUCCUGUUUCAGGUGAUCCACCUCCACAAUAUCCAGGGAUAAAUGCUGAUUCAUCACAGGCACCUCCUGCCUUCAACCCCAGUUUCAUGGACCACCUCAAGCCAGUCCACCAUAUUUGACAGGUGGUUCUGGAUAUCCUUUGCAACCUGGCACACAACAAAACUAGCAGCCCGUCGUAGGUUUAGCACUAUGGAUAGUAUGAUCCAGGAACUUCAAAUCAGUCAAAUAACGAUACCCAAUAGAACUUGUGAUUCCAGACACAAGACAACUAAACUAGUGGCCUCACAAAAGUCAUGGUUGAUUGAGAUCGUAGUGUUUGGAAUCACCUAGUACGUAUACAUAAAGUCAAUUGAAAAAGGUUGUGGAUUGAGGUAUAUAAUGAUAUCAUAUAUAACGACAUUGAUAAAACGCCUAAUGACAUGCAGAAUUACAUCCAAAGGCUUCAUCUACCUAGAUUCAUAUUGUAUACUUUUCCUCGUAUCGCUCACUUUUUUUGCUUUUUUUUUCCUUGUAAAGCUAUAAAUUUUUUAUAUUUUUUAUACUAGUCUUCAUUUUUUAUCGUCCUCGACUUGAAUAGUCCCAGACUAACUGCGAGGUCUGAAUCAACUGUAAUUGCUGCUUAUUGAGGUCUUAAUAAAUAGUUGUGUCGAUUUAUGACAAAAUACUACUACAGACAAUAGGAACAGCACCUUACCGAUGAAAUCCAAUGUGCAGAAAUGCCAAAAAAUAUUAUGUUUAAAUGAUUUUGAAUAUAGAGAAAAGCACAGUUGCCAUAUUCUUGCACAUCCUUUCGAAAUGCAUCCAUUUUUUAUUGAAGUGAUUUCUGUUGGUCAGUUUUGUAGAAAUAUAAAUGUACAACGUACUCAGAAGACUUUCGUGGGUUUUGGGUUGCCUUGAAAUUUCAUUUAGACAUUUUUUAAUUGAUAUAUUAUGAAACUCAUUAUAAUAUGUCUAUAUUCAGGAGGGGAUCCAGGGGAGGUGCUUUGGGUGCGGACGCAUCUCCUCUUUUUUGACGACGCGUUUUUUAAAUAUAUAUCAGUAUAGACGUUUUUUUUCUGCUGUUUAAACUCCUGUUGUACUUUCAUCGAGAAAAAGAGUAGCAUACACAACAUGUGUCUGCCACUAUGCUGCUUAACAAUCUAUUUUAGUAGUGUAGUCAAAGAUACGUUGCAAUAAAAGUCAAUUUACUUCUGUUCAAAUUGUGCAUAAUUUUCUUGUUCUAGACAAUAAUGAUCAGUUCCAUAUAUUACUGAAAAAAGCACCCUGAUAUUUACUUAUCUUAAUCCACAACCUUUUUACAAUUAACUGUAUGUUAAUUCAACCUUGUAGUCAUGUGUUGAUAUAAGUCGGGUGUUAGAUUAAAUGGAGUGCAUGUUGACUCUGGGCAACCUGUACAUAAUGUAGAAAAUACAAACAACUUAACCAAAAAGACUCUUACAAAAAUCUCUUGGUGUGAGCUAGAUUAUUAAGUCUCCCUGACGGAACCUCUUGUAGUCCCAUUGAUUGAAUAGUGUAAUAGGUAAUAAACAUAGUGAUUGCAGCUGAAUAUAUAUCAAGUAUAUUAUCGUAUGAGGAAGUGGCUGAUCCCAAUUAAAGA